AUGUCCCGGCCCCUCCGUCUUCCAAGACCCGAAACCCCAAUACAUCUGUACCGCCAUAUUUUACGGGAGUCGUCAUACCUUCCGCGCCCCGCACGAUGGGUCAUCGAUGAGCGCAUCAAGGCGAGGUUUCGAGCGGGUAUAGAUUCUUGGGCGGAUGAUGAGCUCAUUGCCAGGCGCAUUCGUCACGCCCACCAUGGCCUUCGCCUCAUACGUGCCGCCAACGCCGGUGACAUGGAUCGCAUGCGCCGGAUUAUGUAUUUUGCCAUCGGCCGCCGAGGACCACGCCGGCGCGAGUUGGUUGCCCGUCUCGUCAGCUUCGACAAGCCCUCCAGCACAGCCGAUUUGGAGAGGUUCAUCUCCAAGGCCCAUGCCGUCGAUGAAAAGGACAGGAAACUCGACUGGCUGGAUACGUGGGACGUCGAGAAACUGCGCGUAUUUGCCCGCUCGCAGGCCAAUGCGGGCAUCAACUCUCCCCGGGCGAGCAUAAUGGCGCACCAAACGUCGCCCGAAAAGCGCAUCCCGGCUGAAAAUUCGUGGGGCCGGCCGCUUCCUCUCAAACUCGCCCGGAGCAAGCUCCUCGCUCUAUGGAGGAAGCUAGCAGAGAAGAUCAUGCCACCGCUGCCCGUAUCGGAGUGGAAAAGACUGAGGAACAUCAUUCAAGGGACGGUUCAAGCACAGUGGCUUCCCCCACCUCGCCGUGCCUUGGCAAAGGGAAUAUUGGAGGUCGUGCCACCCGCCAGGAACUGGGACUGGAAGGCGUAUGCCGUCAAACCCGUGGCCGCCGUGGACCGGCAGGCUAACCGGCGCAACAAGCUGCUCUCCGGAGCCUUGGAUGACAACUCGCCGUCCGAUCCUCAACCGACCGGAUGCCAUAAGUACAAGCCGCGGAGUUUCCGGCGCAUGCUGGCGGAGGUCUGGCGUCUGAGUGCGACCAUGAAACAAAAGCCCACUGGCAAGGGUUGGGACAUCACAUGGGGAAGGGAAACUAUGCUUCCGGCGUCCCCAAUGGGGAGGAGUCUGGAGUUUUUCAAAGAUUACCCAGACCCCGAAGGGGGUAACAAGAACAGGAAACAGCCGCCAAGACGAGGAAAACAUCGAGGAGCUGCGAAACGAAGUUGA